AUGAAGACAUCGUGGCUUCCUGCAAGCCUGAGGGAAGGUCUUAGAUGUGCCUCUUCCACUCAAUCAACCAUCCCCAGAUCACUACUCCGAAAUCGAAUUCCUCUUUCCUCGCCCUCGAAGUCCUUCACAACCACUUCACAACUUCGAGACAGCAUUGCGGCCCCAGAAAUAAACUUUCCAGAUGAGGGUGGAAGAGGGGAAAACGGAUCGCAAGAGUCGCCGAAAUUCUUCGCGCGUCUAGUUCCAUACUCGCCAUCAUAUUUCACGGCCCAGCCUUCAUAUACCGACAAUCUUCUCCAAUUACAAAACCUCCUACUCAAAUACUCGAAACUUCCUGUUGUGCAACCAGGAGAGGCGCCGCGUGUGGCAUGGAGGUCUCUUAUGGAAUAUAGAGAUCAGACUGGAGAGGGAGUACGAUCAUCAAAAUAUCAUAAGAUUGUAGAGACACUACAUCGAUUAAAUCACAUUCAUCCAUCAGUAAUGCCCCCAGAUGUGAAGGAGGCUAUGGACAGGUACAAACGAGAUGUGAACCCGCACGAGAAUGUCGCAAAACCUAUACCCAUUGAUCAAUAUGGACGGGCAUUAGGAGUGGGAAGGAGGAAAUCGUCUACGGCGAGAGCUUACUUGGUAGAGGGUACGGGGGAGGUACUUAUUAAUGGGAAAACACUCGCGGAGGCUUUUGGCAGGCAUCAUGACAGAGAAAGUGCUAUCUGGGCUCUGAAGGCUACGGAUCGGAUUGAUAAGUACAAUCUUUGGGCCCUGGUUAGUGGAGGUGGAACUACAGGGCAAGCAGAAGCUUUGACGUUGGCAGUAGGGAAGGCUUUACUUUCACACGAACCGGCUUUGAAGCCUGCGUUACGAAGAGCCGGAUGUGUGACUCGUGAUCCAAGAAAAGUUGAGAGAAAGAAGCCAGGUCAUGUCAAGGCCAGAAAGAUGCCCGCCUGGGUCAAGAGAUAG